AUGGCCUCGCACGUUGUCGUGAUUGACUCAGCGGCUCGCAGAACGACUAUUAAGACCACGCCGAACAAGACUCUCAGCGAGGUUCUUGAAGAGGCAUGCGGCAAACUAGGCGUGAACCCUACGCAACACGGCUUGAAACACAACAACAAGCAAGUCGACCUCUCCCGAUCUAUACGUCUUUCAGGCCUGUCCUCCGGCGCGAAACUUGAACUCGUCCAACUGUCCAAGUCUGCGGGAGUCGUCUCAAUAGCCCUCCAACUGCCGGAGUCCGAGUCCGGAGGAACACCCAACGCGCGACUCACCGACAAGUUUCCCAGUUCAACCACCCUAUGGCUAGUACUCAGAAAAUUCGAAGCAGGAGUGGCAGGUGGAAAUGGCGCACCCCGGAAUUUCACCGCCCGAGGCAUACCGUCAACACAGAAUAGCACGUCAGGAGCCGGCAGGUUAUACUAUGAACAGCCUGUGCUGCAGGUGUUGAACAGAGAGCUCUCAUCUUUCACAGACCUCCAGAAGUCCCUGGCGCAGCUUGGGUUGAACAGUGGAACUGCGUUGCUGCGGUUAAGCUUCAGACCUACGGAAACUCCAUUGGAAGAGGCCAUGGCUCAAAUCCAAAGCUACUUCGACUCCGUAGAGGGUCCCGCUGUUGUUAGAACACAGACACAAGAGACAUCGGUGUCGAGCGAACCUCUGCAAUCGUCAGACGAUAAAAUGGAUAGCGCGGAAGACAAUCAACCUCAACAUGCUCCCCUUCCUCAAGAAGACCCUCCCACGACUUCUUCUCCGCAACCGGAAACAGUGUCAUCAACGUCAACAGGCCGCCAAGUUUCGGUGUUCCGCCCUCCAAAUUCGGAUACUCCCUCGGCUGCUCUCAUGUCAUAUAACGAAUCCGAUUACAUGCCGACCGUCGAACACGCGCAAGCUCAUCAGAAACUACUACAGACACAGUCACGAAAUAAAAGAUUGCCCACAGAAGCAGAGUUGGCAGCGCAGGCCAACGAAGAAGCGGCGAAAUGGGCCGCCGUGCAAGAAGUGGAGGUCAAAAUCCGGCUUCCAGACCAAAGCGCGGUGAGUGCCAAGUUCGGUCAAGACGACACGGCUGCCGACUUGUACAAUUUCGUUAGAGAGUGUCUGGAGGAGAAAUGGCGGUCGGAGCAUUUCACUCUCCGAAGUCCGGGAGUUCGAGGCAAGAACGAGGUCAUCCCGGAUGACGCUGGCAAGAAGUUGAUCCGAGAUGUCCAGCUCAAGGGCAGGGUCCUUGUCAUAUUCGGCUGGGACGAUCAGAAAGCUAGCGUUGAGGCACGAAAUACAAAAGCAGUGCUGAAGGAAGCCUUGAGAGCUCAAGCCCAAGAUCUCACCGUCCCUGACAUUCCAAAGGUGGAAGAGGAAAGUGGUGAUCGCGGUGUCAAGAUCGAUCUUGGGAAGAAGGGUUCAACUGCCGAUGAAGGUGGAGAUGGCAAGAAGAAACUACCGAGAUGGUUGAAAGGCUUGACCAAAAAAUAG